UUGACCCUUCGUCCUGUCAAGCCAACAGCGAACGGUGUGCUCCUCGGCCCUUGCAAACGUUUUGUUUGCGUCCUUUCGUUGAUCCAUAGUAUCAUCACGUUCAUUUUUCGGCUUCGGCCAUAACCCCCAUCCAGUCACACUCCUUUUCCCGGUAUCUUAAUACCUCAGGUCAUCCUUGACGACCGAAAUAAUGUACACAAAAACCCUCGUGCUUGCAGCUUUGGCUGCGGCCCCGGCCCUGGCAACCAACACUCCUUCGGUCAAUGUUUACUUUGGCCAGUCGGGCACAACCGACUUGGGAACAUACUGCGAGUCCAAUGCCUUCGAGUAUAUCACCAUUGCCUUCGUCAACAACUCGCCUGAGCAUGAUCCUUCAGGGCUCAAGUACCCGGGCACAAACUUUGGUGCCCACUGCGCUGCUGAAGUCUACACUUCGAAGGGCGGCGUGAAGUCAAACCUCCUGUCUAACUGCAACUUCAUCGCCGAUGAUAUCCCCAAGUGCCAGGCCGCAGGAAAGAAGGUCCUUCUGUCCGUCGGCGGUGAAUGGACGGCGAAGAGUAACUACACCGUCUCGUCGGCCUCAAAGGGUGUCGAGUUCGCCAACAUGCUGUGGGGUGCUUUCGGCCCCCACAACCCCCUGUGGUCCGGCCCUCGUCCCUUUGACUUCAAUGGCAAGCAUGUUUCCGUCGAUGGUUUCGACUUCGACGUCGAGCACAAGUUUGCCGAUCAAAGUGGGUAUAUUGCCCUGAUCAAUAGGUUGCGUGUCCUGUUUGCCACCGUCCCAACCAAGAACUUCGUCAUUGCUGGUGCUCCUCAGUGCCCUCUCAGCGAUGACUGGUUCCAGAUGAAGGAUAUGAUCACCGCUUCCAAGUUCGACCUCCUCUGGAUUCAGUUUUACAACAACCCCGACUGUGACGCGACGAAUGGCGGGAAGCACUUCAACUAUGACCAGUGGGCAGAAUUCAUCCAGGGUACCGCGAGCAAGGACGCCAAGCUCUUCAUUGGUCUCCUUGGCAGCCCUGCAAGUGGUAAAAAUGGAUAUCUCCAGCCCGAUGAGGUCACUGCCUUGCUCGAGGAGUACAAGACGCACGCUUCUUUCGGAGGAGCGAUGGUCUGGGAUGUCAACACCGGUAGCCAGCUGCUCGAUAGUGGAAGGACUUACAUCGAGAACAUUCAUGAUGUGGUCUGCGGACCCCCGGUCGAACCGCCUACGACCUCCGUCGUCACAACCGCCGAGCCUACCGCCACUGCGGAGCCCACUGAGACUGCCGAGCCCACUGAGACUGCCGAGCCCACCGAGACUGCAGAGCCCACUGGAACUGAGGAGCCCUACCCGACGAACACCGGGACCGAGACCGGUACUGACUCUCCCACUGGCACUGCUUACCCAACUGGCACUGAGACUUCGGAGCCCACGAACACCGGCGGUGAGCCUUACCCCACCGCCAGCGAGACCGAUCUUACUGCGAUGAGGAGCCUGAGCCUACCGGCACUGACUACCCCACCGGCACUGACUCUCCCACUGGCACUGCCUACCCCACCGGCACUGACUACCCGACCACCACUGAGCCCGAGACCACCGGCCCGUAUCCCACCGAGACCGAGUCUGAGUCCUCAGGCCCGUAUCCCACAGAGACGGACACUUCGGGACCGUACCCUACUGGCACUGAGACAGCCUACCCCACUGGCACCGAAGAGGGUUAUCCCACCGCUUCCGCGUCUCUGACAACCAGCACCGUCUACGCCACAUCUGUGUACACCGUUACGUCGUGUGCCCCCACCGUCACGAACUGCCCGGUUGGCCAUGUGACGACCGAGAUCAUCCCGCUGUACACGACCGUCUGCCCCGUCGAGUCCGAGUACCCCGUCACCCACGACGUCACCUACACCGUGUCGCCUCUGUCCUCAACCCCGGUCUACUCCGUCCCCGACCGACCGAGACCGCUCAGCCCACUGAGACUGC